UGGCUGCCAAACUUUCAACUGAUUAUGAAGUUUGCAAGACUUAGUCACUCCAGGGAAUCUUAUUAUUCACAUAACUAAGACUUCUUCAGCCAUACAAAAACAGGAUCUCAGUGCAGAGCAAUGGCUCAGCAUGGAGCUCGCUUGGUGAUCCCCAUAGAUGUGAAGAAAAAGCCAUGGGAGCAGAAACUUGCCCUUCACAACCGGUGGCACCCGGAGAUUCCUCCGGUUGUAGAUGUCACCGUUGGAGAGGUUUUUAGGGUUGAGAUGAUGGAUUUCAGCGGAGGAGGUAUUACACAGGAAUACUCUGCGGAAGACAUCAAAACUGCUGACAAUUCUAUUGUUCAUUAUCUCAGUGGACCGAUCAAAGUCAUAGACAAGGAUGGCAUUCCAGCCAAGCCAGGUGAUCUUCUUGUGGUAGAAAUAUGCAACCUGGGUCCUCUCCCAGGAGAUGAAUGGGGUUAUACAGCAACAUUUGACAGGGAAAACGGAGGUGGUUUUUUGACAGACCAUUUUCCUUGUGCAACUAAAGCCAUUUGGUAUUUUGAAGGAAUCUAUGCUUAUUCCCCUCACAUACCAGGGGUAAGAUUUCCAGGCCUGACUCACCCUGGAAUAAUUGGAACAGCACCAUCAAUGGAACUCCUCAACAUAUGGAAUGAAAGAGAAAGAGAACUGGAAGAAAAUGGUCUUCAGUCUAUGAAACUAUGUGAGGUUCUGCAUUCACGACCACUAGCAAAUCUACCAUCAACCAAGGGUUGUCGACUAGGGAAGAUCCAAGAAGGCACCCCAGAAUGGGAAAAGAUUGCUAGAGAGGCUGCAAGAACAAUUCCUGGAAGAGAAAAUGGAGGAAAUUGCGAUAUAAAAAAUCUUAGUAGAGGCUCAAAAGUGUACCUCCCUGUAUUUGUAGAAGGAGCAAAUCUGAGUACUGGUGACAUGCACUUCUCUCAAGGCGAUGGCGAAGUUUCAUUUUGUGGGGCAAUUGAGAUGAGUGGUUUUCUAGAACUCAAGUGUGAUAUUAUAAGGGGAGGUAUGAAGGAGUACCUGACACCAAUGGGACCUACAUCUCUUCAUGUGAACCCAAUUUUUGAGAUCGGACCUGUUGAACCAAGAUUCUCAGAAUGGUUGGUAUUUGAGGGAAUUAGUGUAGAUGAGACUGGUAGACAACAUUACCUUGACGCAACCGUAGCUUACAAGCGUGCUGUGCUGAAUGCCAUUGACUACCUCUCCAAAUUUGGGUACUCCAAGGAACAGGCUUAUCUUCUACUUUCAUGCUGCCCGUGUGAAGGAAGAAUUUCUGGAAUAGUUGAUUCUCCCAAUGCUGUUGCAACACUGGCUAUUCCAACAUCUAUUUUUGACCAGGAUAUUCGUCCAAAAACUAGCAAAGUGCCAGUUGGGCCUCAACUGGUGCGGAAACCAGAUGUUCUCAAAUGCACUUAUGAUGGAAAAUUGACCACCACAAAGAACCCAAGUGCCACAACAUAACUAACAAAAAAAAAGGUGCAACAGCAGCAGACAAGGGGUCAUAGUGCAUAUGGCUACUCCUAUAUAUACCUGUAAUAAUAACUGUGACUGAGCAUUGAGCAAGCACUGCUAGUCUACUUUUAGUUGUGCUUUGUUAAGAACAUCCAUGGUAGUUAGCUGCAGGUUAUACAGACAUUUUUCCGAUAGACUGCCUGUAAUUGAUCCCUUGCAUGACAAUAGAAAUGUGUUGAGUGUGUGGAGAGAUGA